GUUUUUCCCCUAUUGGUGAAGCAGGUGGAUCAAUAUACGGGGCCGAGCUUAACCCGCAAAACAAAUCUUCUCAGUAUAUAUAGCCAAGACCCAAAAGGCUCUGUUCAUUGCGCAAGAGAGAAAGAAAACGCGGUAAAAGCACAGAAAAACGAGGGGAAUGGCCUGAUAGGAACAUCAACUCGCUGAGUUGGUUUGAUCGCAUGGCGUCCGUCAAUACUCCUCAUCAGACGUACAUUCCUCUCCCUUCGGAAUCGGGUGGAAAGCACCGAGAUGAUGAAGCGGUUCUAUCACUGGUACCAAUUCAUAUAGUCACCCAUGCGUCUCAACUUCCAACCGAGUUUCUCUAUCCCUCUCCUGAAAGGCAACUGGUACUUGGAUUUGAUUGCGAGGGUGAAGACCUCUGUCGAUAUGGAUGCCUUUGCAUUAUGCAGCUUGCUUUUCCAGACGCUAUAUACUUGGUUGAUGCUAUUCAAGGCGGGGAAAUGUUAAUGAAAGCCUGUAAACCUGCUCUUGAGUCUAGCUACAUCACAAAAGUUAUCCACGACUGCAAACGAGACAGUGAGGCUUUGUAUUUUCAAUUCGGAAUCAAGUUGCACAAUGUUGUUGAUACCCAAGUAGCAUAUUAUCUUAUAGAGGAACAGCAGGGGCGGAAACGGUCGCCAGAUGACUACAUUUCUUUUGUAAGCCUCGUUGCAGAUCCGCGCUAUUGUGGUAUAUCAUAUGUUGAGAAGAAAGAGGUCCGCACCCUUCUAAGAGAGGAUCCAAAGUUUUGGACAUACAGACCCUUUUCUGAACUGAUGGUCCGGGCUGCAGCAGAUGAUGUCCGCUUUCUCCCUUAUAUAUACCACAGGAUGAUGGAGAAACUGAAUGAAAGAUCCUUGUGGCAACUGGCUGUUCGAGGUGCACUUUAUUGUCAAUGUUUCUGCAUCACUGAAAAUGAAUAUGCUGAUUGGCCAUCCAUUCCCAGAAUUCCAGAUAACCUUGCUGUAGAAGGGAAUGCACCGGAACAGGAGAUCCUGUCAGUGCUUGAUGUCCCUCCUGGAAAAAUGGGAUGUAUCAUUGGUAAGAAAGGAGCUUCUAUCUUGUCAAUCAAAGAAUCUUGCGGUGCUGAGAUUCUAAUUGGAGGAGCAAAGGGACCGCCUGAUAAGGUCUUCAUUGUUGGACCUGUGAGGCAGGUGAGGAAAGCAGAAGCUAUUCUGAGAGGGAGAAUGCUAGGAUACUGAGUAUCUGACCCUUUUUAGCUGAAUACUUGAUGACAGAUCCAAGAGUAUGACUUCUGUUUUUUCCCUUUGCUUUAUACUACAAACAUGUGCGUGCUUCUUUGGACAAACUUGAGGGUCCUCUUAAUCUCAUCCUGCUGUAAAAAGGUGUUAAACAGAGUCAAUGGAAACCUUUCCAUUCGUGUUGAACUGAA